CAAUUUUUGUCCCACUAUUCUUUUUUCUUGCGCUAAGCACUAAAACCGCUAGACUGAAGCUCUUUUCAAAAUCCCCAAAAUUGAUCGAUCAAACGCAAAAUCCUGACAUGUCGACGGAGUCAUCGGAACCGUUCAAACCCUAUACCCUUUCCCAAACCCUAACCGGUCACAAGCGAGCUAUCUCCGCCGUCAAAUUCUCCUCCAAUGGCCAUCUCCUCGGCUCCUCCUCCGCCGACAAGACCCUUCGUACCUACUCCGUCAAUCUCUCCGAUGCUGGCGCCGCCCUCACCCCACUCCAUGACUUCCACGGCCACGAUCAGGGCGUCUCCGACCUCGCCUUCUCUUCCGACUCCCGCUUCGUCGUCUCUGCCUCCGACGACAAGACCCUUCGCCUCUGGGACCUCACCACAGGGUCCCACGUCAAGACUCUCCAUGGUCACACCAACUAUGUCUUCUGCGUUAAUUUUAAUCCUCAGUCCAACAUGAUCGUCUCUGGUUCGUUUGAUGAGACCGUUCGCAUAUGGGAUGUCAAGACCGGGAAGUGCUUGAAGGUAUUGCCUGCUCACUCUGACCCCGUUACCGCUGUUGAUUUCAACCGUGAUGGGUCGCUCAUUGUUUCGAGCAGCUACGACGGGCUUUGCAGGAUUUGGGAUGCUUCGACUGGGCAUUGUAUGAAGACUCUAAUCGAUGAUGAAAAUCCCCCCGUUUCAUUUGUCAAGUUCUCACCCAAUGGGAAGUUCAUCCUCGUUGGGACUCUGGAUAAUGCUCUGAGGCUUUGGGACUUCUCAAAGGGCAAAUUUUUGAAGACCUACACCGGUCAUACUAAUUCGAAAUACUGCACUUCGGCUACCUUUUCUGUUACAAAUGGGAAAUACAUUGUUAGUGGAUCUGAAGACAACUGUGUAUACUUGUGGGAAUUACAGAGCAGGAAAGUAGUACAGAAAUUGGAAGGUCACACUGAUACAGUCAUAUCAGUAACUUGUCACCCAAAUGAGAACGUAAUUGCAUCUGGUUCACUAGGCAAUGACAAGACUGUGAAAAUCUGGACUCAGUCCAAGGAUUGAUCCAUUUCUCCAAAUGGCGUAAUAUAAUUGCGCACUAGUGGGUAUGGCUGAGAUUUUGAUCUGAGGAGAAGGAUUGUUGCAUGAAAAUCACAACUUAACGCUGUUUUUCUUGUUGCCCCCUUUUACAUUAUUCCCCCUUAGGUAGGAAUUCUCUCCCUGUAUUUAGAAGUUGUUUCGUCAAUCUUUUUGUAGUCUGAACUUGAAUAUAUCAUGUGUUCAUAUGCUAAUCAGGUUAUAUCUUGCGGUCAACUGAAAAAGUUUGUGCUUCCAAGAAUAUUUGUGGUGUUGAGGGCAAGUGACUGGGAAAAGCAUUCUUGGAAUUACAAUGGUUCAAGUCAUAGCGCUGAGCAAUUACAGCUGUUCUCUCUCUCCCAACUAACGCAUACAUUCACAUACGAAACAUAAAAGUGUUAAAUUCAUUUGACAUUUUUUUUAAUAUUAACAAAAAUGCUUUCCAUCUUGAA